CAGUGGUUGUAUGAAUAGGCUUAACGGCGACGAGAUCAGCGGCAUCCUCUGUGGACUGGAGACGAAGGAAUAAAUAACAACAACACCAACAACCAGACAGCAGAGAAAGAGUAGACUGUUUUUUAAUACUUCCAUGUUCCGUUUGUUGUUUUGUUGUCCGGCAGAAGAGGAGCUGAAAGCCAACUACGACGGAUUAGUUUCCGAAAUACAACGGUGGACUUUAUCCAUACAGCGAGCUGGUUAGCUAACGACGGGAAUAAGUUACCUUUAGCUUUUCAUCGGUUUAUGCUAGUGUGUUAACAUUAGCUUGAUGGGACUGUUUGUGGACUCAUAAAAGUUAUUGUUUUUGCAACACUUUGAUUCUACAUUAGUCAUUUCAGUCUGAAGAACUGAAGAAUCAGUCUAAAGAAAGAUUGUUUUGUUACUGUCUUCAGCCCAUCUCUUUCCUGCCCUGACAUUUCACUCCAUUUACUGACUGUUCAUUGUCCUGAGCUGAAGGGUGACAACUCUGAAUAUGGCGAGUGUUUCAGACAGAGACUGCAAGACUGGCACUUUUAAGUCAUUGGUUUGGCACGUGACCCAGCUGAUGUAUCCAAGAUAAACACUGUUAAAAUGAAUAUGAAAAUGUAAUGGCCAAGGAAAGUGACGGAUCUUUAUGUCUCACUACACAGUUGCUCUCAAAGUUGCGGAGCAAUUGGCGGCCACUGCUGAAGCCAUCCUCUUUAAAGUUUAUACAUACUUGCCUCUGUUGAAGCUCAGUAAAUUGAGAUUGUUAGACAUGGACUUGCACUGGUUGUAAAGACUGUCCUAUAACCUUUUUACAUCACAGCUGUCUCCAGGUCGAACAGUACAUCUGAGCCCUGCAGGUCCCCAGAGCUCAUUUGAGGGCCAACAUGUCAAUGUCUGGGGCCACGACCAUGCAGCUUUUCACCAAGAUUGUCAAGCAUGCGGUGGGCAAGGCACAGAUCCAGCUCAACCGCUGGCUGCAGAGAGCUACCACAGAUGAGUGUGAUAAAAUUGACAUCCUGAUAUGCAGCACCUUUGAUGAAAGAGGGACUGGCAUUGGGAAGUCAGAUGGAGACCCUGAGGUUAUCAGCGACACAGGGGGGACGACCUUCACCAGCAGUGGAGAGUUCAGAAACCCAUGUUGCAUCACCACCUUUUGCUUCAAAAGCACCCUGCUGGCAUGCAUCCUGACUGCUGUGUGUUUCUCCUCAGUUGCCCUGGUGCGCCAGUACCUCAGGGACCUCCUGCUCUGGGUAGAGAGCUUGGACAGCCUCGUCGGAGCCUUGCUGUUUAUAGUUGGUUUGAUUAUUGUGUCAUUUCCAUGUGGAUGGGGAUAUAUUGUUCUUAACGUGGCAGCUGGCUACCUCUAUGGCUUUAUGCUGGGCAUGGGACUGGUCAUGGUGGGAGUUUUAAUAGGAACCUUCUUGGCACACCUGGUGUGCAAACGCUUAUUGACUGACUGGGUGCUGAGCAAGGUUCAGAACAGCGAACAGCUCAGUGCUGUCAUACGAGUGGUGGAGGGUGGAAGUGGACUUAAAGUCGUGGCCUUGGCGAGACUCACCCCCAUACCAUUUGGGCUUCAGAAUGCAGUUUUCUCGAUCACAGAUGUGUCCUUGCCAAACUACCUGGUGGCCUCCUCUGUGGGUCUGCUGCCCACUCAGCUUCUCAACUCCUACCUGGGCACCACGCUCCGCACCAUGGAAGACGUCAUCGCUGAGCAGAGCAUCAGUGGCUACUUUGUGUUCAGCCUGCAGAUCAUCAUCAGCAUCGCCCUGAUGUUCUAUGUCGUGCACCGGGCUCAGGUAGAGUUCAACGCAGCCAUCGCCGCCUGCCAGAUGGAGCUAAAGUCAUCGCACAUGAACGGCUCCUCUACCAAUCACAGCAGCUUCACCUACUGCAGCAAGAGGGCGACAGCUGGCAGUGGAAACUGCAUUAAUGUCGUGUGAGUUGAAUUUUAAGACCGCACAGCUUAAGGGAACUCGCUGAGGUGUCCGUGAGAUGCUGAGGCAGUGCCUGUAACAUGUUGGUGGUGUGGUAUAUUGUUUUUAGCCACAUAUUUUGACCACCCUUGUGUGAAAACCCCUGAAAGUGUAUGUCUGUACGAUGCUGUCAAAGUGUGGUCCACGUACCUUUGAAGAAACGGUGCUGAAAUGGGUUUGCGAUACAUCACCUUGGGAUUUGUUAUCUUAUUUUCAGUGAGGUACUUUUCCUCGAGAUGUUAAUGAAGUGCUGAUGUUUAGUGAUAUCAGAAGCUGAAUGAGUGUGUCAUUAAAAAAAAAAAAAAA